GUGUAUUACAGUUCGAUGGCGGCAAUUUCACCCCACUCCAUGCCUGAAAAGCCCCUGGAUUUCCGUGCCCCGCCGCCAUCUCCGAUCGCCAGCGGCCGCCGCUCCUGCGUCACCAAUGAUGAUGUUCUCUCUGAUUUCCUGGAGCAUUCCCUUCGAGUCCCUGAUUUAAUUUUGCCUGACAAGGUGUUUCCUAAACAGAAAUUUAUUGAAAGCCCACCAACGGUUGAUUUCCGGUUAUUGGAAUCCAGGGAGAUUGAGUCUGUUUCCAAGAUUCUUGAUUCCGUGCCAAGAAUUGGAUGUUUCCAGCUGGUGAAUUAUGGCAUUCCGGUGGAAGUGAUACGAUCGGCGCUGGCUGCGGCUACCGGAAUCUUUAAAGUGCCGAGGGAAAAGCGGGCGGUGGUGACCAGGUCGCCUGAAAGGCCAUAUGGGUUUGAAGAAGUUCACGGGGAGGAUGAGACUGAAUUGAGUGAAGAGUUUGUGUGGUGCAGAGGUGGAGCUUUGAAGUUGGAAAUGGAGGGAAUUUGGCCAAUUGGGUAUCCAAAUUUCAGUGAGAAAAUGGAAAAUCUUUUGUCCGAUAUAGAGAAGAUUGCUGAGAAAAUUCUUCUAGUUUUCCGGGAAAGUUCUUGGGUGUAUGAAGAUGAGAGGAGUCAUGGAGAAGAACAGGUUGGACCAAUGUGUUAUGUGUACAAGCAUGGGCAGAAUGUUUCAGGGGAAGAGAGGAAGAGCUCCCUGAGGUAUGAUGUGAUACGAAUGCUGAUAAGAGGGAUUGACUAUUCACAUGCCUUGUGUUUGCAUGUAUGUGAUGGGUCUUCAGACUUUCAUGUGUACUCAAAGAAAGGCUGGGUGUCUUUUUGCCCAGAUAAGGAUGCCUUGGUCAUUACUGUUGGGGAUCAAAUCCAGGCAUUGAGUGGAGGACAAUACAAACAUGUUAUGGGGAGGCCAAUUUAUAAGGAUGAGAAAGAAGAGUGGAUUUCUAUGGCAUUUUUAUAUUCUGCUACAAGUGGCACUAGCAGUAACGGUGGUUGGUCUAAACUAGACAAGGGGAAGACUAUUUCAGUCGGCCAGCAAGCCAUAGUGGCUGUUCUUGUAACUCUUGUAUAUCAAUUUUUAGCUUAUGUUUACAGUAAAUUUUGAUUUUUGAAAGAUUCAUCCAUCCAUUUAUGAGAAUUAUACAUCCUCGUAUUCAUGGAUCAUAACAUCUUCCUACAUUUUCUUCUUUCCUUUCUUGAUAUUUCGACAUUACCCUUUCAAUUUUGAUCUUAAUUCUUUUAACUUAAUAUUCUAACGUAGGAGAGAAAAAAAAAAACUCAGAGAAUGAGACGUGUAACUGGUUCAGGUAAGAAUAAGUUCUCAUGCUUGAGCCAGGAAUAUGUUCAUCUGGAAAGAAUAGACUGCAGGCCUUUCU